UAGCCUCGAGCAAAGUUAAAACCUUGUGAAACUACUGUACUGUUAUUCGAUAUCGGGAAGUUCAAAAAUUUCGCGAUCGUUUGCCUUGACACUUAGAUCUUACCAAGAUCUCCUUUGCACUUGAAACCUAAUUUCACCCAUUGCAUUUCUUUUUUUUCUUCUUUUUAAUCGUGUACAAAUCAACAUUCCGCUAAGUUCAAAAUGCCCACUACGAAAACUCUUGGUUGCUUACCAUUUUUUGCCAAAGGUGUUGUUGUGAAAGGGUUUGGUAGAGGUUCAAAAGAGCUAGGAAUCCCAACAGCAAACUAUACUAGUGAAGUUGUUGAAACUCUGCCAAAUGAUUUGGAAACUGGUAUCUAUUAUGGCUAUGCAAAAGUCGAUGGAGGUCCAGUUUACAAGAUGGUCAUGAGUAUUGGCUGGAAUCCAUUUUAUAAAAAUGUCAAAAAAUCAAUGGAGACACACAUUUUGCAUAAUUUUGAGUCUGACUUCUAUGGCAGUAUGCUGAAAACAUGUAUAAUAAAUUACAUUAGACCUGAGCAGUCAUAUGAGUCUUUAGAUGCCUUAAUAGAUGCAAUCAAGUCAGAUAUAGCCUAUGCUGAUACCCAGUUGGAUCUGCCAGAACAUAGUGCACUGCAAACACAUUCCUUCUUUAAUGCAGAAAAACCUCAAGAUGUUAAUACUAGUGAAUUCAUACUUCCUGGAAGUAGUUUAUAAUUUACAAUUAUGUAGUUUGGCUUAAUAAUAGGGCCAUAAAUGGAUUUAAUUAAA